AUGUGCUGUGAGAUUUUAGCACUCACCGUCAUUAGGGAGAAUAUCACCGUCACCUACAAGCGACACCUACUUGCCGUUAAUUCUCUUGCAGUCAUUGAUGAUGCAAAUGUUCAGUUUGAGGUUGGAAAUGUGGAAACUGAUGUGGGAGAUAAUGAUAAGGAGGACGAUGUAUAUGGUUUUAGUUCUGAGGAUGAUGAUUGGAGAGGCGAGGGUGAUGAUGUUCCUGAUUCUAGGAAUAAUUGCCAAUAUGUUGGGCCAAUUAACACAUGUGAGGAGUGGGAUGCAAAUAGUGAUGGUUUCUCAGAUUAUCAAUCUGGGAAUGAAGGUGGUAGGAGUAGUAGUGAUUCUGUGAUGUAG